CUGAACUCGUGGCUUACGUCGGCCCAAACUCAAACUAAUGUGGUUUUGGUCGGUUACAUAACGAGUCGCGAGUCACUAGUAAAUUAACACAAAACAGGAAACAUUUUUAGUAAUUAGGUGUGUGAAAAUAUCUACAGUAGCAGUUAUAAUUGUGUAUUUAUAGGAGAAAAAGGCUUGUACUUAUAAUACUCCAGCACUCGAUGCUCGUGUUACAGAGGUAACUGAGGAAGUUUGUAAUUGAAAUAAAUUAAACAUGGAAAAGGGAAAGGAAGUAAAAGUAUCGUUAUGGUAUUUUGGGGGUUUGGCAUCGGCUGGAGCUGCCUGCGUCACUCACCCUUUGGACUUGCUGAAGGUUCAAAUGCAAACACAGAAAGGGAAGAAUAUAUCUAUGUUCCAGCUAACUCGGAUAGUUCUCAAAAAUCAAGGAAUCAUGGGGCUGUAUAAUGGCAUUUCCGCGUCUCUGUUGCGUCAGCUCACUUAUUCUACAGCAAGAUUUGGAAUUUAUGAAGUUUCAAAACAACAAUUUGCACCAAAAGAUGGAAGUGGUUUACCAUUCUACAUGUCAGCCUUCCUUGCUGGGUUAGGCGGUUUUGCUGGUGGAUUUGUUGGAAACCCAGCUGACUUGGUCAAUGUGCGAAUGCAAAAUGAUGUGAAGCUACCACCAGAGCAAAGAAGGAAUUACAAGAAUGCUAUCCACGGGUUGUAUCGAGUGGCAACACAAGAAGGCAUAUUGCGACUGUGGGCUGGAGCUUCAAUGACCUGCAGCCGUGCAACCUUGAUGACCAUUGGCCAACUGUCAUUCUAUGAUCUAAUAAAAGGCACAUUGCUGACAACGCCAUACUUUGGAGAUAAUGUCGUGACACAUAUAACCUCCAGUUGUUUGGCUGGUGGCAUCGCAACUACGUUGACACAACCAGUAGAUGUAUUAAAAACUCGCGCUAUGAAUGCCAAACCAGGUGAGGUGAAAAGUAUAUUCAAACUCAUCAAAAACACUGCUAAGGAAGGACCUCUUGCGUUCUUCAAGGGAUACAUUCCGGCCUUUGUGAGGCUCGCUCCUCACACUGUUCUCACUUUUGUGUUCUUAGAACAGUUGAGAAUGAACUUUGGUAUUGUAAAAAAGCCAAAAAUCAUACCUGUUGAUUAGUAGAUGUUGUUAUACACCGUGAAGUUUUCUUCGUCUUAAACCGAAAUCCCACAUAA